AGUCAUAGUAAAUAAGUGAAAUGAAAAUGCGAAUAAAAAGAGAAUCACCGUGUCUUUUGCUCAGAUUUAUGCCAAUUACCAAAGUUGAAUAUAAUAAAAAAUUGAAAGAUAACCUGGAGGCGCCAUGUGAAAAAGAUGUUACCACAUUUUCUCCUAGCGGUCGACCGUCAUUGUCACGAAGUUGCAGUAGUCCCGCAGUUUAUGAUAUUGAAACACAUCCCGCUUCACCGGUCUUUCCGCACUUACUAUUGGGUAAUGGUCGCGACGCUGACGAUCCCAGCAGCGUCGGGGCCAAUUGCGUUUUAAAUGUUACCUGCCAAGCCCCCAGUACAAAUCAUUUGUCGGGACUUAAAUAUAUGCAAAUACCCGCCAGCGAUACACCGCAUCAAAAUAUUAAGCAAUAUUUCCAGGAAGCUUAUGAUUUCAUAGAGGAUGCUCGUAAAACUGGUUCACGUGUUCUAUUACACUGUCACGCAGGCAUAUCACGCAGUGCUACUAUUGCAAUUGCGUACGCAAUGAUUUACAAAUCGUUAUCACUGCUUGAAGCCUAUAAAUUGGUUAAAAUAGCACGUCCCAUUAUAUCGCCUAAUUUAAAUUUCAUGGGUCAAUUAUUGGAGUUAGAACAAAGCUUACGUACAAGCGGAGUUUUGGAACCUCUCCCACCAACUUUAAAUCCCGCUAAUUCAUCUAGUCAAGGAACCAUUACAAAAGCUGGGAAAAAUGAUACCGAAAUGUCACAGCGUGAUAGUGAUGAUUGUGAGAAAAAUAUGUGCUCAUCGCGUCUAACCUCUUCUUCGAUGGAGUUAUGCGAUGAUGACAUGAGCAACAAUAUCGCAUCUAUGACGGCGACUGAUGAACCAAUUUCACCGAUAUCUACCCGUUCGUCUACCUCACUGACGCUAGCGUCAUCAGCGCUGACUUCUUCUGCCCGCCCAAUACGAUUUAAGCGUAAUUCUCCUGCAAAGCUGCGGCUUAAUUUACAAUCGAAUUACGCACCGAUACCCAAAUCAUUGUCCUGCAUGUCAAUACAUAAUGCCAGUACAAGUCCAGUGUGUAAAACGGCACCAGAUACGCCAUCUUCUUGUUGCGAGAUGUCAAUUAACAAUAGUGAAUGAAAAAAGUACUUAAGAUCGCACACACGUCACAUUGUGUCCUUCUCUUCUUCCCAAUAUAAAAAUUAUCAGGAAUUUGUGAGCUCUCAACGUUUUGCAUCGCAUUGGUUUUAAAUGCAAUUUUCAUUUCAAGAUUGCCUUUCAUAUCGGUAUUUGAGUUAAAGAGGACCAAUUUAAUGAUAUAUCACAUAACUAAGAGCAAAUCGGAUUCACUCACUGAAAUGAGAAAAUGUAACAAUCACUUCAAAUCGUCUGUUAAAUACACAAUGCAAUGCGUACGUUCAUGUACGCUUUUAAUUCAACUUUGAUGCGCUUCGUUCCUUUACUUUUGACGACUACAAGUAAAAAAUAGCUAGAAAAAUCAAAACAAGUUGUGCGUUUAGGACGAACGCCACGGGUUGAGCUCAUAUUGAAAAAUAAUGCAAAAUUAAUAAUUAAAUUAAAAUGAAUGAUGUAUUGAUGCAUACCACACAAAAAAAAAAAAAUUGACUAUAUCUCGGAUGGUUAACAAACCAAUAAUAGGAUGAAAAUGUAUGAGAGGAACACAGGAAAAGCCAAAAAUAUACAAAAAUAUGCUACUUAGUACAUGAAUGGAUUUAACCUCGUUAAAUCUGUUGGAAUAAACAAAACCCAGAUGUAACCUAUAGAUGCAAUCAAUUAUAAUAUUGGACAUCACCAUCUUCAUUGUCGUUUUUUAGCGCCGACAAAGCAAAUGAAAUUGUGAAAUUGUGCUUUGCUAUUUGAAUUUUCAAUGAAUCGAAUGUCAUUCUAAUGCGCCCAAUGCUUUAACAAUCAAUUACUCAUCGUCUAUAUGGCAAAUUAAUUAAGCAAGAGAUUUAGAUAUAACUUGAGUACAAAAUUAAAAAAAAAAAAAAAAGAAAAGAAAAAACUUUUGUUUUCAUUUUUCAAUUUUUUCUUUCUCAUAUCCACCAAUAUCCCAUAAGAAAUACUCAUCCGAGUCGGCUUAAGCUAUACAUCAUUUUUGAUAAAAAUGUCAUUGUUCGUCUGUAUAACGCAAAUAACAACAAUAAAAAAAAAGGGAAACUAAAUAAAAAAGCAAAAAGAGGAAUAAUUUCUCUCUCAAUAAUUUACGAUCUAUAUACAACAUAUCGUUUUGAAAUUUUGAAAUUUUAUACAAAUACCAACCAUAUAAACAUAUGGUAAGCAAAUCUAUACAAAAAAAAAAAAAA